AUGCCUACCAGGAACGCAGCAGCUCAGGUAUUUGAAGAGUUGCACACGAAAAUGGGCAAUUUUGUCAUUCAUGAGAUUAUACCACAAUUGUUGACCGACUUGAAUGCAACAACGGUGGUGACGUUGAAAGAGUUGAUGGCCAACAAGUCGGACAUCAUAUUCCCAAUUACCUUGCCCGCGUUACUCAAGACACCAAUCGAUUAG